AUGUCCUCUUCCGCUUUGGAUGAAGACCGACGCCAGUAUGGCGAGCGACCGGCUAAACAAAAGUCAUGGCGGCAUUACUUCUGGGACGCUUGGGACAAGCCCGAAGAGGAGAGGAGGCUUCUUCUGAAAAUGGACUUGACCAUUUUGACUUUUGGUUGCCUCAGUACAUUUAUCAAGUACCUGGACAAAUCCAACCUUCAAAAUGCUUUUGUUAGCGGCAUGAAAGAGGAAAUGGGCCUCUAUGGCAAUGAAAUGAACUAUGCAACUACAGCAUACUCAAUUGGAAGCAUAAUUGCUCUGUGGCCGUGUAAUCUGCUACUCACUCGAACAAACCCCAGAUACUUUAUUCCACUUCUUGAAAUCGGCUGGACAAUCACUACCUUUGGUCAGUCUGUGAUGACAAAGCCCAUUCAAAUGUAUGUGCUCAGGGUAAUUCUGGCAAUAUUUGAGACAGGUCAUUUCUCUGCAGUGAUUUAUCUUUGCGGAGCUUGGUACAAGAAGGAAGAGCUCUCGCGUCGUGUCGCAAUCAUCAAUAUGACCACCGCGAUCGGACCCAUGUUUUCGAGUUAUCUCCAAGCUGCUGCGUAUAACGGACUCAACGGCGUUCAUGGAAGGUCUGGUUGGCGAUGGUUAUUCAUUAUCGAUGGUUGUAUCUCUUUGGGCAUCGUUGCUCCUCAGCCUUUUUUCUACCCUGACGUACCAGCUCGACAGAAGCCAGACCGCCUCUUCACCGAAAGGGAAAUCGAGCUGGCUCGAGACAGGAACCCUCGCGAGGGACGAGUGAAACAAGGAGCAUUCACCAUGCAGCAGGUGAAGCGUUGGGUCCUCACGCCGGAUAUUUGGCUUCUUUGGGUGAUUUCUUUCUGUAACGAUGUUUGCCAGCAGCCCGCACUGUCAAUUACCUACUGGUUCAAAGCAUGGAAUACCAUCAAGCCUGGCUCAUACACGGUGGCUCAAAUUAACAACUAUGCUACACCAAUCCAAGCAGUGAUUGUCGUCGUCAGCCUUUCUAUGGCCUGGGCCAGUGACACUGUCUUUGGUGGACGGAGAUGGCCUUUACUCGUGAUUGGAUCCACUCUCUCCACUGUAGUAUUUCUCACUCUAGCCUCUACCCCAGUCUUUCCCGAAAAUCGCUCAGGCCGAUGGGCCCUAUAUUAUCUGACUGGCCUAACUCAAUCUGGAAGUUCCAUGUUCUGGGCCUGGACUCAAGAUACUCUCUCAGGAGACCCAGCAACUCGAGCGUUUGCCUCUGCUGGCCUCAACGUAUGGGCUUAUGUGGGUGACGCUACUAUUCCCUUGGCUAUCUUCCAAACAGUAAAUCAGCCGGGCGUCGUAGCGGGCAACUACGGAGCUGCAGGAUUUGCUAUUCUCCAAGUGCUGACAUCGCUUGGUCUGGCGUACCUCCAGCACUGUCGACGAGUGAAGGGUAAAGAGCUCAUCGAGGAGGAUAAUGGAAGAACUGUGGAGGAAGCGGAGGAGGAAUCUUUCUCUUCAGGUGUAGAGAUCAACAAAGCUGGACCCGUCGUGGAUGAGCAUGCGGUGUAA